GCCUGCGCACUGCGCGGUUUGUGCCCCCUCCCCUCGGCGCGUCUCGCUCGCACCAUUUUGUGCUGUAAACGCAAGGUUUGUCGCGGGGUUGGGUUGUUCUCCUGCGCGCUCGGACUCGAGGCGAAACAUCGAAGAGGCCUUGAUGGCGGAGAGUCAAUCAGCGGCCGGACUGGGGGAUUUCACAUCCCUUGGCGGGGCCGCGGCUUUCGGCUCGGAACCCGAAACGCGGCGGCUGAGCGAGUUGCGAGUCAUCGACCUGCGGGCCGAGCUCAAGCGCCGUAACCUGGACAGCGGCGGCAACAAGAGCGUCCUCAUGGAGCGGCUGAGGAAGGCCAUUGAGGAUGAAGGAGGAGAUCCUGAUGAAAUUCCUGUGGCCUCAGAACUGACCAACAAGAGAAUGCCAAAAAGAACUAGCAAAGGAAGAAAACCAGAAGAAGAAGGUAUUGAAGACAAUGGUCUAGAAGAAAACUCUAGAGAUGGGCAGGAGGAUAUCGAAGCAAGUCUGGACACCUUGCAGGAUAUUGACAUGAUGGACAUUAGUGUAUUAGAUGAAGCUGAAAUAGAUAACGGCAGUGCUGUGGACUGCGGAGAAGAUUAUAGUCCUGAUAAUAUUCUCGAUUCUCUGUCUGAUAAUAAAGACAAUGUUGAAACAGAAAUGAAAGAACUUCCAGAUCAGCUAACAGAAAACGAGGAAGAUUAUGAUGAAAUUGAAACCAAUUUAGAAGCCUCCUCUUCUGAUUUAAUUGAAAUGAAGAAAAUGGAGAAGCUACACUUGGAGCCAGAAAAUGAGAAAAUACUCGACAUUUUGGGGGAAACUUGUAAAUCUGAAGUACUUAACGAAGAAACUUCCGAAGUGGAGCAGCCACAUGCCAAGAGAACAGAAGACAAAGCUAAUUCUGAGGAAUCCCCUGCUACUAAAGAGUCCUCAGCCAGUGAGGGCGGUGAUCAGAAAAAGAGCCCUGUUGAGGAGGAGAGAGAUGCAAAGAUAACCUCAAAAGAUGACAAAGGUCGCACUGCUAGCAGUUCUGGUAGAAACUUCUGGGUGAGUGGACUGGCUUCCACUACCAGGGCUACAGAUUUGAAGAAUCUGUUUAGCAAGUACGGAAAGGUGGUGGGUGCAAAAGUGGUCACCAAUGCUCGCAGUCCUGGUGCUCGCUGCUAUGGCUUUGUUACAAUGUCUACUGCCGAGGAAGCAACCAAAUGUAUCACCCAUCUCCACAAAACAGAGUUACAUGGGAAAAUAAUUUCUGUAGAAAAAGCAAAAAAUGAACCUGCUGGGAAGAAGACAAGUGAAAAAAAAGAGAAUGAAGCAAAGAGAGAGACAGUCGGUGAGAGACCUGGCAGUGGUAAAAGGGACGAAAAAUCUGACCAAAAAGAUGAUCCUAAAAAGACAGAAGACAAAGAUGAAAAGGAAAAAAAAGAUAAAGAUGAACAGAAGUCUGGUUCAUCAGAUCAACCAAAAACUAUUAAGUCGGGAAGUAAAGGAACAGAGAGAACAGUAGUAAUGGAUAAAUCCAAAGGAGAACCUGUUAUUAGUGUGAAAACAUCAACUACAUCAAAAGACAGAAGCAUUAAGAGCCAGGAUCGCAAAUCAGAGAGCAGAGAGAGACAAGGCAUUGUGCCAUUUGACAAAAUUAAAGCACAGCGAAAAAUGAGGGAGGCAGAGCAGCGCCGGACACGUGAGCGUCGGGAGAGACAGCAGCACCUACAGACUAUCCGUGAACGAGAAGAAAGGGAGAGGCUUGAGAUUGCUCGUGAGAGACUGGAAAUUGAAAGGCAGCGUCUUGAACGAGAACGGAUGGAAAGGGAAAGACUGGAAAGAGAACGAAUGCACAUAGAGCAUGAAAGGAGAAGAGAACAAGACCGCAUUCAGCGAGAAAGAGAAGAGCUGCGGCGCCAGCACGAGCAACUGCGCUACGAACAGGAACGUCGCUCUGCAAUGAGGAGACCGUAUGACAUAGAUGGCAGGAGGGAUGAUCCGUACUGGCCAGAGGCAAAACGAAUGGCCAUGAAUGAUAGGUAUCACUCAGAUUUCAGUCGCCAGGAUCGCUUCCAUGACUUUGAUCACAGAGAUCGCGGUCGUUACCAAGAGCAUUCAAUAGACAGGAGAGAUGGAUCAAGGACAAUUAUGGGAGAUCGGGAUGGACAACAUUACCCAGAUGAGCGCCAUGGAGGACCAGACCGUCACUCACGAGACUCUCGAGAAAGUUGGGGUAGCUAUGGAUCUGACAGAAGAAUGAGUGAAAGUAGAGGGAUACCCCCACAGUCACGGGAUGGACGUGACUGGGGAGAUCACAGUCGAAAGUUUGAAGGACACCAAGAUCGUUCCUGGCAGAGCAGCGUGGAUGGAGGAAUGAUAGGACGGGAUCAUGAGAGAUGGCAAGGUGGAGGUAGAGGGAGACCCGGCCAUGUGAUGCAUCGUGGAGGCAUGUCAGGGCGUGGCAGUUUCAUGCAAGGUGGCAAUCAAAGUCAGAUCAUGCAUGGAGGAGGAAUGCAAGGAGAAGGAUUUGCUGGCCAGGAGAGAGCAAACAGACCGAAUGAUCCUCGUUUCAACCGUCGCUACUGAUUGUGUUUAAUUUUUAAUGCAAGGUGGCAAGUGAAACAAAUCUGUUACCCAGGGUUACCAUUAAUCGUAACUUAUGGGCUACUGUAAUUUUUUUAAGCUGCUGCCAUAUUGUCACUCAAUCCAAUGUGAAUUCAUUUGUUUUGUAAGGUGUUGUUCAUAUCCCAUUUAAAAUGUUUGUUAAUGAAGCAUUCCAUUUUGCAUAAAUAAACGCCAGUUUACAGUUAAUUUCUGUGUUUCAGCAGUCCCUGUAAAACUAAUUUAUUCAGAUGUAUGUUAAACCUUGUAACUUUGUUUCAAAGAUGAAGUGUCAAAAUGC